AUGUCAGAUGUCUCACACCCUACGGAAUCGUCUCCGCCCGACGACAGAAGACCGAACUUCCAGGCUGUCUCGGACGAGAGUAUAUUAACCGAGAAAUCGACGAAAAGUCCGGUUAAACUAUCUCCGUGGCUGCUACCAAGCGAGUCAGCGGCCUUUUUAUGUGACUUCGAGCUGACGGAGAGCCGUAGAAAGCUGGAGGAACAAGUAAAGCAUCAAGACCAGGAAAAUCACCGCCUGCACAAAAGAGUGAGCGGGCAUCUGCUCUGGAAGCGGAAUGAACGUCGCCAGGCGAAGGAGAAGGGAACGGAACGUUUCUCAGGCCAAGCCGGGAGGGGACCAACGGGGCAAGGUCUGAUUAACAUCGCCUAA